AUGUUUUAUUUAAUCUGUCUCUGCAUCGUCUCUCGCGAUAUUUCUUGUGUAGUCAACUGGUAUAUUGAACAUGAUCUCAGUCCAUUAGGAUCUAUCUGUCUGUCUGUCUACAUAUCUAUCUAUCUAUCUAUCUAUCUUAGUUCAUAUCUAUCUCGCGAUAUUUCCUCUAUAUCUCUCUCAACUGUUCAUAUCUAUCUCGCGAUAUUUCCUUUGUUUUUCUCUCACCUGGUACAUCGGGAUCGAUCUCAGUCUGUUCAUAUCUAUCUAUCUAUCUAUCUAUCUAUCUAUCUAUCUAUCUAUCUAUCUAUCUAUCUAUUAAUGAAGUUAAUCUAUAUCAUAUGGCGCUCGCUGACCGCGACGUGGCCGCCACCGUCGACGUUGCCGGCGGCGCGUGGUACGCGUAGCCGUGGUGGGCGAGCCGAGCUAACGUCAGCCCGUGUCGAGUGUGGAAAGUCGGCGAAAAAUCGUCUAGAGAAAACGUUCGCCGUCGAAGCGAAGCGUUUCGCUGUCACUUUCUCGCCUGCCGAACCUGUUGGAACAGUCGCCGUUGCCGGGAAUAUUCUGUUUUUUCUUUCCCUUUGUAUAUUCCUUUUUAUCUUUCUCUCCCUCCAUUUACUCAUUCCCAUUUCUCCCCCACUUCUAUAUUCCUCUCCUUCCGCACUAUAUACCCUCCCAUCUAUCUAUCUAUCUAUCUAUCUAUCUAUCUAUCUAUCUCAGUCUGUUCAUAUCUAUCUAUCUAUCUAUCUAUCUAUCUAUCUAUCUAUCUAUCUAUCUAUCUAUCUAUCUCAGUCUGUUCAUAUCUAUCUAUCUAUCUAUCUAUCUAUCUAUCUAUCUAUCUAUCUAUCUAUCUAUCUUCGGCAGUACAUAUUCUAA